CUCAACUAUGUAGUUUUCAUCAAACAUGUUGCUCUCAAAACUUUAUAUAUCUCUGACCCUCUUUGGAUUUUCUGAACGACAAUUGCCGUAUACAUUGAAUUUGAUCUGGCUCGACUACCUCGACGUAAACCUACCUUUGACUUUGUCGUACUCAUCGCCAAAAUGUUGCCAAUUGAAGUUCAGUAUAACCGAAGCGAAUACAAGAAGGACACAAAGUACAUUGCCGGAUAUCUCCUAAAGACUUCUCAGAAAUGUGGAUAUAGACGGCGUGCCGUUACUGAGAAUAUCAAAGGAUACGACAUCCAUGAGAAUGAAUUCGAGCCAAUGGCCCAAGCUAUAGCCGACAAUGCCUCUACCGUUACUCUCCCUGUGUAUCUGCGCAUCAUAUUCGCCCGAGCUAUUCGAUUUCGACGCGAAGUCACAGCUUGGUAUCGGAUUCAAAGCAAGCACACGAGAGAAGAUGCGCAGCAUGACGCAUUCGCAAACCGUCUCGAGGCCACACUAAAUAUCCUCCGACCGUACAUGCCCAAAACUAAGCGAACAAAAGACGACGCUAAGACUUCGACGGCGUCAUCCCUUGAUAAUCAAUUCAGCAAGUUACAGUUGCAGCAGCCUAUUGAUGAGGACCAAGAAGUUAUCACAUCCAAGUUUGAGCUGGCAAACCUGCCCUCCGUUCCGACGCUUAGAAUUGGAGCAGAUGAAUCACAAAUAGAAGAGAACUUCUUCAUCGAAAUCCAAUCCUUCUUAAAGGAACUACAUGCGGUUAGAUAUCAUGUCGGAGAACUGUGGCGUCUAAAGGAGACAGAUUUAAUAACAAAAGCGGUGGUUACAAAUACAGCCAUCGAUCUUCUUCGUCGCAAGGAAUAUGAGUUCGAACAAUCUCUCGUUCGCCCCAUCAGAUUUCCCGUGGCGAGGUUUCCCAUAUGGAGUUUGCCUGCUCUGCUUUUCUAUAUGGAUGCGGAUCUGGAGCCACAGCUGAAGGGGAUCACCAUCGAGGAGUUCGCCUUGCCAUCGGCCUUGAUACUUAACUCCAAUGCGUUGAGUGGGGAAGGUCAAAAGCAUGCUGCGCUAUGCUGUUAUCCUGUAUACAAUGCACUAAAGUGGUUCCUCGGGGCAGUCGAUUUGGGGCGGGAAAAAUCAGGGUUUCGGCCAGCUAUAUUGGCCAUAAAUCCGGGCGAUUUGAGGGGUGAAGCUAUCCAUUCCGACUUAUUUCGUGCUGUGGAAUGGGCUCAAUGUCUCCUUAUUACAAAUGGUCUCUUCGAGAACAUGCUUCCGGAAGAUGAGGCGACGCGCGGGAUCCGGCACAUGUGCGUGGCGCGGGAGGUACCUCUAUGGACAACUUUCGGUAUUCAAAUAUUGGUUGAUCUAAAAAACAUUCUCGGCGACUCUGUAGGCGAUGCAUUCAGAGAGGUGCAACGCAAUCUGGUUGAGACGUCAGUUCGUAUCGAAAGGCUCCGGGGACAAGAAAAUCCACUGGCUGCUAUAGACAAAGGGAUUAUACUAACCGAUACUCUUGAGCACAUACAAUUGCUGAAGUCCUUUCUAUUGGAGGAUCGUUUAGUCACAGAAGUUCGUCGGGAGGCAGCAAAGAUCAGACCCCUCACCGUGAUCGACAAGCACAUAGGCCCUCUGGUCAAGGAGAAACAUUAUUUCUGGAGGAAUAAUCCGCUAAGAUGCGGGAUGAUCAAAUAUCAUCUAAAUCUUAUGACGCGGCACCGUUCGUUUGAGGUAGAGCGAUCUCGCUGCCAGAUACUCUCUGUCGCUCAUUUAUACAACAUAUGCCGGACUUCGUUCCCCAAUGCUCCUCAUUGGCCUGACAUGGAGUUUUGCAUAGAUCGACAAGAUCCCAACUACCUUUUUCAUGGACGUGUGCCCCGAAACUUUGGGGAAGCCGCUCAAGAACUUACACUUGCAUUCUCAGGGUCCGGGCUUGCCACUGCUGCCAGGGGUCCAAGUCGACUCAGUCCGAACGUACGACUGUAUAGAAAACGUAGAAUCUUUCAGAAUCCUUGCUUCAUUGAUGAAUUAUGGUUGGAUCGAAUCGCCCCCAAUCACAAGGCGUGUACGACAAAGGAGGCUGACGAGAGCGUUCGUCUUUUAUUAAACGCAAUAACCGACCGUAAGGAAGCAAACAAGCAGUUGAGGCUCAUGAAUCUCCCUGUUGAAACGAUUCGAACAAAUAAAGAAGAGCCAGACGGGUUCUUGACACACCUGCUGCAACCCAAAUCUCCACUGGACCUACUAUCGACGCUAGGGAGGUUGCAAAUAUGGAUGGAGCUAGAGCAACUCGACAUCCACUUUGACAUAUUGUAUCUACUUGAACUCUGUAACAAAAUCCUUGCCGAGAUAUAUGAAGAAUUGCGCGAGGAUUCCAAGUUCUUCGACGUGUUCAAGUCAAUGGAUGGUCGUGGUCGAGUUGAUGCAUUAUCCGCCAGCUUGACACUGGUUGCCCUCGCAGCUCAGGAGGAACGAAUAUGCACACAGCGGCCUAACAUCCGGAGAGUGCGGCUAGCGCAGAUGCGCAAGGUUCACGAGAUUAUGCAAAAGCACUUCCUCCGCGUAGUAAAAGACAAACCGGGCGAAAGAACUUGGGUAGGCGACACAUGUAUCUCCAAUCUAGUUACUACUGAGAAGGAAAAGAUGACGGGUACAUUCACUAGUCCUAUCGACUUCUUUGAUGGUCGGGAAAAUGGCCGAGCAGAUGGAGUGACAGACGUGCAGGUGGAGGGGAUAAGUGAGGGGCCCGCCUCGGCCUCAAAGUUAUACACAAAUUGGGACUUUGGGUCGAGCAGGGAAGAGAGCAAGAUGUUCAAUGCUUUGUCGAGGUUCCGCGGAGGUCUUGAGAAGAGGCGUUGGGAGAUUACUGUUGAGAAGGAAUUGGAGGAAUUGAAGCAGGAGCAGAAGGAAAAAGAGCAAAAGGACAAGGAGCAGGAGGGCUAGGAGUCUUCUGCUCAUAUUCGUAAUUGGGGGUUGAAGUAGCCUUAGCGAGAAUCUUUUACCUAGCUAGAUAUGUUUUGAUUUUCCUAUCGAAAGUCC